CUUCACAGAUGUUUUGAUUCACGCCCUGCACACUGUUAAACAGGGUCAGAAUUUGAAAGGCCAGUUAAUGGUCUAUUUUCCCUCAGUCUAUUUGGUGUAGUUUUCACAAUAUUUUGGUUGAAAAGAAGUAACUGUGAUAUACUUUGCAAUUUGCAGAUGCCUUUGUUACCAUACCUGAUGGUUUAUAAGACACUUUUUUUUCCAAGAAAAUAUCCCAGAAAAUCACCCUGCGUCUCAUAAGGUCAAGGUUCAGCUUUGGGUUACUGGCUAGUGAAGUUUUGGUGCUGUGGUGGCACUUAAAUAAAACCGCAAACCUCUCUGCAAAUGUAAACGAGAUGACGAUCGCUUCUACACCAACAAUGGCAGCUCUUUUGUAUUUAGCAAUGUAUAACAGUAGUACUUACCGCUACUUCAUAUAAAAUUACACCAGUCAUAAAGAAAAUAAAAUGAAGUCACUUAACUAUGCUUGUACUUGAACAAACUAGUGGACGGUUGUGCAUCAAACCUGACGACACGCGCAAGACACUUUCUUUUGUUAUAAAAGUGUAUAAAAUAUUUCAACUAAAAAUACGACAGAAUAAAAAUAAUUUAUAUUUACACUUUCAAAUGUUUUAAAAAUAGGGUCAUUCCAUCGUGAGGAACGGUACAUUUGGAGACAAGUUAUUGAACUACUCAGAGUCAUAUUAUUAAAAGUGUGGCAGAUAUAUGAAUGGCUAUUGCAUGAUAUAUAACCAAUACUUCAGUCUACCUCAUGCCACAAGCAGUUUGUUUGUUUUAAUUCAGAUGUUAUAGAUAUUUUCAAAGGCUGCGUGAGUAAUGUUACCGCGAUGCUACUUCCUCUCCAACUUUGCCUGCGUAGUUUCAUUAACUCUAUGAUUUUACUGGUUCAGUUAAGGAGUGCUUCAUAUCAGUAAUAUAUAAAUAGAUAAGCAACCUACUAUAGCCAGCAAAUUUGGUUAUUCCUAAUAAUUAUUGUGCUGCUAAUGGAAGUGUGACCGUCAUGCACGCUACCGGAAAAGUGAGAUGCGAUACCUGUGCGAUUUUAUGUAAACAAAAUACGCUCGGCCCUCGAUAUAACGAACUAAAAGGGGGGAAGGGUGGUCCGUUGCUUGAAAAUACUUACAUAGGAUAAAUACCAGUGUACUAUAAAAUUACUGUUAAAAAAAAAGUAAAAUGAUACCAACAAACCUAAUAAUACACGUAGGUAUAUAGUUCUUCUUCAUUUGACAUGUUCUGCGUUGGUGCCAUAAGACAGUCACAGCCUAACUAGCCCCAUAGAAGAAGCCAUAUCCACCUUCGCCUCUGCUCCGGCGACACAUGUUGUUUUGUUGGCCUUCCAGUGAUCAAGGGUUGACAGUGGGGCCUUGCGGGGGGGGCAUAUUGUUUACACGUAUGGGUAAAAUUCUACAAGUGUGCUAGUCUUGCAUGGGCACAAAACUUUUUUUUUCAGUUUUCAGUGUGCUAUGAAUAAUGUGAUAAUUGUUUCUAUCACAAAUCUUUAAAUGACUGACUUGUGAUGUGAUGGCGUCGGAGGUAUUGCCUUUAAAACAGCACCUGCCGUUGUCUAUUCGUCUUGGUCUUGCAAUUCUUCUAAUUUUUUCUCUCUUGCCUUCCACCUCUGAUGUAGUAUAUCUUUUUUUCUCCUUACUUCAGUCUUACCUCUUCGAAUAUAAAUUUUCCAAUUACUUCCUCUUCUGCUUCUUGGUACGGCUGUGUCACCCGCCGCCAGCCGCCUCCGCAGCCGCAAAACAACUCACAUAGAGAGGUUCAACAUGCAUACUGUCUUUUCUUUUCACUCACCGCUCACACUCGGAAGUGGACACACCAAUUGAACAAAACCAGCCCCGCUGGUGCUGUGUAGAAGUGAGGGUCUGAGGCGGUGCUGUGCUCAGCGCUCCCUGUGUCCUCACUGCCGCUGCCAUCUGUUGCAGUGGAGGCUGCAAGCCAGGGCAGCAGCCUGAGUGCCCGGGACCAGCAGGAGCAGACUGUCUCUGGUGUGAGGGUCAGGGGGGAUCAGGAGAGCCACCACCUCCACCACCACCUUGCUGCUGGCAUCUCCAGCCAUAAAGGAAAGGGAAAGUUUGAGUGCAAGAAGACUUGAGACAGAGCAGGUCCACUAGACACAGCCUUGCACACACUGGUGAAGGAAACCAUGAGUGCCAAGAGUGUGGGAAAAGACUCCCUGGGAAGGGUGACCUCACCAAGCACACCCACACACUCUGGAGGAAGACCUCAUGAAUGCCAUGAGUGUGGCAAAAAGUUCAGUAGGAAGAGUGACCUCAACAGACACACCCUUACUCACACUAGUGAAAAACUUCAUGAAUGCCAUGAGUGUGGCAACAAGUUCAGUACGAAGAGUUACCUCAAGAAACACACCCUUACACACACUGGUGAAAGACUUCAUGAAUGCCAUGAGUGUGGCAACAAGUUCAGUAUGAAGAGUUACCUCAAGAAACACACCCUUACACACACUGGUGAAAGACUUCAUGAAUGUCAUGAGUGUGGCAACAAGUUCAGUACGAAGAGUUACCUCAACAGACACACCCUUACACACACUAGUGAAAAACUUCAUGAAUGUCAUGAGUGUGGCAACAAGUUCAGUACGAAGAGUUACCUCAACAGACACACCCUUACACACACUGGUGAAAGGCUUCAUGAAUGCCAAGAGUGUGGCAAAAAGUUCACUCAGAAGAUUAACCUCGAGACACACACCCUUACACACACUGGUGAAAGACCUCAUGAAUGCCAUGAGUGUGGCAAAAAGUUCACUAAGAAGAGUUCCCUCAACACACACACCCUUACACACACUGGGGAAAGACCUUAUGAAUGCCGUGAGUGUGGUAAAAAGUUCAGUAAGAAGAAUACCCUCAACACACACACCCUUACACACACUGGUGAAAGACCUCAUGAAUGCCAUGAGUGUGGCAAAAAGUUCAGUAAGAAGAAUCACCUCAACACACACUCCCUUACACACACUGGUGAAAGACCUCAUGAAUGCAAAGAGUGUGGCAAAAAGUUCACUCUGAAGAGUACCCUCAACACACACACCCUUAUGCACACUGGUGAAAGACCUUAUGAAUGCCAUGAGUGUGGCAGAAAGUUCAGUACAAAGAGUGACCUUAACAAACACACCCUUACACACACUGGUGAAAGACCUCAUGAAUGCCAUGAGUGUUGCAGAAAGUUCAGUACAAAGAGUGACCUCAACAGACAUAUCCUUACACACACUGGUGAAAGACCUCAUGAAUGCCAUGAGUGUGGCAGAAAGUUCAGUACAAAGAGUGACCUCAACAGACACACCCUUACACACACUGGUGAAAGACCUCAUGAAUGCCAUGAGUGUGGCAGAAAGUUCAGGUACAAGAGUGACCUCAACACACACACCCUUACACACGGGGAACAUUCGGCGGACUUUUCUGGCUUCGAGGAAAAUAACAGUGAGCUGCAGAAUAGAUUAUUGCAGAGAAGAGUGAAAGGGUUGCAGAGUGAUUUUGAGGUGGUGAUGAAGAUGGUGAGUGAAUUGAGAAGGGAGAGAGAGGAGGACAAGAGAAAGAUAAGUGAUUUAGAAGCGAGGGAGGUGGAGCUCAGGGAUCAGCUGACGAAGUGCACUGCGGGGGUGGAGGUAAGCGUGGAUUCGGUGGAAAAGUUGAAUAAAGAGCAGAAUAAGUGGGAGGAGAAGCGAAAUGAUGCAAAAGUGGAAGUGCAGCAAAGAGUUAAGAAGUUGAAACAGAAAGCUGACGGUGAUAGAGAUGAUGCAGAGGGGGAGUGUGCAGAGCUUUAAGGAGAUUGUGGAGGAGCAGCUGGAAGAGAGGAUGUCUGAGAAGGUGAUCAAAGAAAAUGAGGCACUGGUAAGAGGCACAGUCAUUCUGUUGGACGACCCCGAGUACACAGCUGUGAGGGAGGACAACCUGAGAGAUGCAGCGAGAUGGUCGUGCAAAGGGUACAAGAAGAGAGAGGUGACCUGGUGAAAGAGUUGCCCGCCGUGACCGUUAGCUGUCUAGUUUUCAACAUCCUUUUUAAAAGUCACGAGAGGCCCAGCCCCUUACCCCUCUCUUAUCCAGAGUCCACGGUCACCACGUGGUCUUUCCCGCCCAGAGUUUACGCGGCAAGCCUUCUGCCCCAUUUCCCCCCCCCCCCCCCUCUCACCGCCAGACACACCGCCUCACAGCGAUUGGCGCCAAAUUCCAGGAGUCGCGUCUGCCCCAAGUGCCCUAGCUUGGUCUCCCUAUACCCCCACCCCGACCGCGCACGCGUUCGAUUAAAUUCUUAUCACCCAUCCCUUGUGAGAAAUUACCCUAGCUUGGUCUCCCUAUACCCCUACCCCGACCGCGCACGCGUUCGAUUAAAUUCUUAUC